AUGAAUGCAACCGAACUCCUAGCAAAUACUAUAUCUCCAGAUAAUGCUACGCGUGAAGAUGCGACUACCAAGCUCGAGAAUGCACUGCGGGACAAUCCUCCUCAGUACAUGGCGAUGCUUUCCUCGGCUUUGGUGGACGAGAAUGCGCCGAUAAUUGCACGAAAUGCAGCUGGUAUAGCCCUGAAGAAUGCUCUAAGUGCCCGAGAUGCAGCGCGACAAACCGACUAUUCCAACAGAUGGCUUGGUCUCAACCCAGAGGCAAAGUCAAAGGUCAAACAGGAUGCUUUGAUGGCGUUGGCGUCCUCAAACGCGAAGGCCGGAACGGUCUCCGCUCAAGUUGUCGCCGCUAUCGCUGCCGUGGAGCUUCCGAAUAACCAGUGGCCCGACUUGAUUGAAAUACUUCUUGGUUUCGUAAACAACGACGCAAACACCAAUUUGAAAAUCUCUACGCUACAGACCAUCGGGUUCAUCUGUGAAACGAUAAAACCUGAGAUUCUCAGUCUUCGAGCAAAUGAAAUCCUCACUGCAGUCAUUCACGGCGCCCGUAAGGAAGAACCAUCUCAUGAAGUCCAGCUUGCUGCUAUCCAUGCUCUAUUCAAUUCUCUGGAGUUCGUUAGAGAGAACUUUGAGCGCGAGGGCGAACGGAACUACAUCAUGCAAGUCGUGUGUGAGGCCACCCAAAACUCCUCGGUUCAAGUUCAAGUUGGCGCCUUUGAGUGCCUGGUGCGAAUCAUGGGGCUUUACUACGAUAAAAUGGGCUUUUACAUGGAGCAAGCAUUGUUCGGUCUUACUGUCUCAGGAAUGAAACACGCCGACGAACGUGUUGCGCUUCAAGCCGUUGAGUUUUGGUCUACUGUCUGCGAGGAGGAAAUCGAGUUGGCCAUCGAGGCCCAAGAGGCUCAAGACUACGGCGAGGCGCCCGAGACCGAAUCCCGGCAGUAUGCCAAGGUUGCUCUUGGCGAGACGACGCCAGUCCUUCUGCAACUUCUUACGAAGCAGGAGGAGGAUGCUGACGAGGAUGAGUGGAACGUCUCCAUGGCUGCGGGAACGUGUUUGUCUCUGAUGGCUGGUGCUGUCAUGGACGCCAUUGUUCCGCAUGUGAUCCCUUUCAUUGAAGCCCAUAUCAAAUCGCAGGAUUGGCACUUCCGCGAAGCGGGGGUGAUGGCGUUCGGUUCUAUCCUCGAAGGCCCAGAUCCCAUAGUCCUUACGCCUCUCGUCAACCAAGCUCUGCCUCUCCUCAUUGACAUGAUGCUAACCGAUACCAACAUCCACGUCAAGGAUACCACCGCAUGGACUCUUGGUCGCAUCUGCGAUCUGCUUGUCCAGACAAUCAAACCGGACGUUCACCUGAACCCACUCAUCACUGCUCUAGUCAACAGUCUUCAAGAUAGUCCUCGUAUAGUCGCAAACUGUUGUUGGGCACUGAUGAACUUGGCCGAUCAACUGUCGCUAUACUACGAAGAAGAAGGCGAGAACGUCACGACUGGCCCAUUGUCACCUUACUUCGAAGGCGUGGUGCAGGCUUUGCUGCGUAUCACUGAGACCUCUGGCAACGAAUCCAAUUUCAGAACUGCCGCCUAUGAAGCCAUUACCUCCUAUGUCACCCAUUCGGCACCCGAUACCAUAUCGGUCGUGCAGAACACCGUCGUUACUAUCUUGCAACGGAUGGAGCAUCUUCUGAGCGUCCAGAAUCAAAUCAUCGGUGUUGAUGACCGAAACAAUUGGAAUGAGUUGCAAAGCAAUUUCUGCAGUGUCGUAAUUAGUGUGAUCCGGAAACUUGGCAAUGGGAUUCAACCGCUAUCCGACCGUAUCAUGACGCUCAUCCUUCAACUCAUCCAAGCUGCUGGCAAGACGUCAACAGUGCUAGAAGAUGCUUUCUUAGUUGUUGGCUCACUGGCGUCUGCCCUUGAGGCUGGCUUCGCACCAUAUAUCCAAGCUUUCUUGCCAUUCCUAUACCCCGCCCUGAAAGCGCAUGAAGACACGCAGCUAUGUACAGUGGCUGUCGGCAUCAUUGGGGACAUUUCUCGUGCUCUUGGGGAGCAGAGUGCGGCGUACGCUGGGCCGUUCAUGCAGGUUCUGCUUGAGAACCUCCAGAGCGAUAUCUUGAAUCGCAACGUCAAAAUAUCGAUUCUCUCAUGCUUUGGUGACAUCGCUUUGGCAAUCGGUCCACAGUUCGAACCGUAUUUAGAGACGACGAUGAGAGUAUUAGCACAAGCAGGAUCCGUGCAGCCGGCGCCACUCGAUUACGAUCUUGUGGAUUAUGUGAAUCAACUCCGUGAGGGUAUUCUGGAAGCUUACACUGGAAUUGUCACUGGGUUCAAGAAUACACCGAAAGUGUCCCUACUUUUGCCUUAUAUUCACAGCAUUCUCGAUCUCCUUCAGCGCUGUUUAGCAGACGAAGAGCGUACCGAAUCGCUAGCCAAGUUGUGCUAUGGGUUGCUUGGGGAUAUCGCUGAUUGCUUCCCCAAUGGGGAGAUCAAGCAGCUCUUGCUGACGGAGUGGAUUGCAAUUGAAAUGCGUAGCAGACAGCGUGUGUCAGGUGAGACGAAGAAGACAAUGCGGUGGGCAAGAGAGAUGAUUAAGCGAGCUACAGCGUAG